CGCAGCGCCGACGCUCCAUCUUCCUCGCAGUGCCGCUCAGGCUCGGUCCUCCCUCAGCGCAGAUCUUCUGCUCCUUCAUCUACUCGCGCUCAGUGGCGCUCAGGCUCGGUCCCAGGGUCGGAUCUUCCGCGCGUCGGCGGCGUCCAGCGACGGAGGGGCAGUCCCAGGCUCGGCGUCGGCGUCGGCGGCUCCCCCUCCCGCCUCUCGCCAGUCGCCUCGCGCCCUCGCCUCCGUCCUCCGCGCACCGGCCGGCGACCCUGCCCAAAAAGCUUCAGCUGUGACAGUGCCGGUACAAUUCUGCCAACAAGUUCCUUUGCUACAAAAAGAUAACACUCACAUCUCUCAUGGCAAAGCCUGGAAUUUUAGGCCGCAGCAGCGCACAGAAAUCAAAUGAGGGCAUGCGAAUCAUAUUCUCAGCAGUUGUUGGUGUUAUGCUAGGGUACUUGUUUGGCAUUUCCUUCCCCACAGUUAAUAUAACAAAGCUUCACUUCCCUUCUAGCAUUAUCUCCUAUAUUGAGGACAGAAACUCUGGCAUCACAACCCAAACAUUAUUGAAUCAUGCAUGGACAUCUGCAGCUACUCAUAAGAAGAACAAUUCAGCUUCUAACUCUGAUGAAAUUCCUAAGAUUUAUGUUCCAACAAACCCUAAAGGUGCUGAAAGGCUUCCACCAGGCAUUGUAGUGUCUGAAACUGACCUUUAUCUCCGGAGAUUGUGGGGUGAACCUAGUGAGGAUCUUACUAGCAAACCAAGAUACCUUGUUACAUUUACAGUUGGAUACGCUCAAAAGGCAAACAUUGAUGCAGCAGUGAGAAAGUUUUCAGAGAACUUCACAAUUAUGUUGUUCCAUUAUGAUGAUCGGAUAACUGAGUGGGAUGAAUUUGAGUGGUCAAAAAGGGCCAUCCAUGUGAGUGUCAGAAAGCAGACUAAAUGGUGGUACGCCAAGCGAUUUCUACAUCCUGACAUUGUUGCCCGUUAUGACUACAUAUUUAUCUGGGAUGAAGAUCUCGGUGUUGAACAUUUUAAUGCAGAGGCGUACAUUGGACUUGUUAGGAAGCAUGGGCUUGAGAUCUCUCAGCCUGGUUUGGAGCCUGAUAAAGGUCUGACAUGGCAAAUGACUAAACGAAUAGGUGAUCAGGAAGUCCACAAAGUAACUGAGGAGAGGCCUGGCUGGUGUAGCGACCCCCAUCUUCCACCAUGUGCAGCAUUUGUUGAAAUUAUGGCAACUGUGUUCUCAAGGGAUGCAUGGCGCUGUGUAUGGCAUAUGAUUCAGAACGACUUGGUCCAUGGAUGGGGUCUUGAUUUUGCUCUUAGGAAAUGUGUGGAGCCAGCCCAUGAGAAAAUUGGAGUCGUUGAUUCCCAGUGGAUUGUUCAUCAAGUCGUCCCAUCGCUUGGUAACCAGGGCAAGGCGGAGAAUGGAAAAGCGCCAUGGGAAGGGGUUAGAGCACGCUGUCGUAAAGAAUGGGGGAUAUUUCAAACAAGGUUGACAGAUGCUGAGAAAGCAUAUUACUUGGCGCAAGGGAUCACACCACCAAAAUCGACAGUAACUUAGAUACAUGGCUGCAUACAGGCACCUCGCGAGUCAUAUGGCAAGGUUUGUGCUUUGUGAACCUGGCGCCUGCCUGUCCGACAAGUAACUGACUCUGUAGAGAUGCAGCACCAAGGCCAGAUUUGUACAGGAUCAAUCUCCUUUCUACUCUUAGUCUUUCACUUGGUUUUUUCUCUGUACCAGAGUAGCUCUUGUGUAAGUAGCUAGCACAAUUUCGGAGAUACUUUUUGUCUUAUUGGCCAAAUGCAGUAUCGAUACUGUCAUUUCUUUUUCUUGUUUUAACAUACAAAUGAUUGCGUUGGAUCAGCUCUUGUGCAUUCAGUACCUUAUUUUCAUGCUCUAGCCAGAUAUCUGAAUGACAGAACCCUGAAACAUUGCUUA